CAAGAAGAUCCUGGAACUCAUGUCCAACAUCAUCCAGCUGCUGACUGGAGAGGUUGCCAUAAGGACUGAUCAGGUUUCCAUCUAUUUUUCCUUGGACGAGUGGGACUAUAUAAAAGGAAACAAGGACCUUUAUGAGGAAGGGAUAAAGUUGGAGCCUCAGCAGAUUCACCCAGUUGCAGCCUGUGAAUAUAAAGGUGAAAGCAAUGUUACAGCACAUACUGAGGCAACAUUAUGCUGUAAUAAUGGUGGAAAUCUGACAAACCCUGAAAUUUCUCCAGUGGAACAGCCUCCACCAGCCAAUGGGAUUAAAGAGGAAGUGGCUUCAUGGGAAGAGGGAAACCAAUCCGAUUGCAGCAUUAAUCCAUUUACAGAACAGAUUCAGGGAACAGAAACGCCUAUCGUAGGAUCCAGCCUGAAUGACCGUUUGGCGGAGAAUAAUAGAUCAUAUGGGAUUAAAGAGGAAGUUCCUUCAUGGGAAGAGGGAAACCAAUCAGAUUACAGCAUUAAUCCAUUUACAGAACAGAUUCAGGGAGCAGAAACACCUAUCAUGGGAUCCAGCCUGAGUCACAGUUUGGCGGAGAAUAAUAUAUCAUAUGGUAUUAAAGAGGAAGUGACUUCAUGGGAAGGUGGAAACCAAUCAGAUUGCAGCAUUACUCCACUUAUAGAACAGAUUCAGGUAACAGACACUCCUACUUCUAUCAUGGGAUGCAGCUUCUUUAACCUGAAGGGUAAUACAUAUGGUGGAAAUCCAAAUUGGUUCCCAGGUAAAUCUGGCGUAACAAAAAAUACAUCACAUAGGAAAUACAACUGCAAUGAGGGCCAUCAACGUCUUGGUCAUGAGAAUGACUUUGAUAAACAUCAAAUAACCCACAAAAGAGAGAAACCUUAUUCUUGUUCUGAAUGUGGGAAAUGUUUCUCAAAUGAGCUUUGCCUUGAUCGACAUCAAAAGACUCACAUGGAGGAGAAACCCUUUUCUUGUUCUGAGUGUGGAAAAGGUUUUGCCUCUCCGUCCGCUCUUACUGUGCAUCGGAGAACCCACACAGGGGAGAAAACGUAUUCUUGUUUAAAAUGUGGCAAAUGUUUUGCUACAUCAUCACAACUUACUGUCCAUCGACGACAAACACACACAGGGGAGAGACCUUUUUCUUGUUCUGAAUGUGGCAAAUGUUUUACUAGACCAAAUGCACUUAUUAUCCAUCAGAGAACUCACACAGGAGAGAAACCUUUUUCCUGUUCUGAAUGUGAGAAAUGUUUUUCAAAGCAAUCUAGCCUUGCUCGUCAUCAAAGGACUCACACCGGAGAGAAACCAUUUUCUUGUUCUGAGUGUGAGAAAUGUUUUGCCUCUUCAUCACAACUGACUGUCCAUCAGAGAACCCACACAGGAGAGAAACCAUUUUCCUGUUCUGAAUGUGGGAAAUCUUUUACAAAUCAUUCUCACCUUGCUCGUCAUAAAAUAAUUCACACAGGGGAGAAGCCAUUUUGUUGUUCUGAAUGUGGGAAAUGUUUUGCCUCAUCAUCAAAACUUACUGACCAUCGAAAACGAACCCACAUGGAGGCAAAACACUUUUCUUGUUUCGAUGUUCAUCAUCAAAAAACCCACACAGGAGAGAAACCAUUUUCUUGUUCUCAAUGUGGGAAAUGUUUUGCCUCUUCAUCAGACCUUACUGUCCACCAGAGAAUCCACACGGGAGAGAAACCAUUUCCCUGUUCGGAGUGUGGGAAAUCUUUUACAAAUCAUUCUCGCCUUACUUAUCAUCAAAGGACUCACACAGGGGAGAAGCCAUUUUCCUGUUUUGAAUGUGGGAAAUCUUUUACAAAUCAUUCUCACCUUAUUUGUCAUGAAAGGAUUCACACAGGAGAGAGACCAUUUUCCUGUUCUGAAUGUGGGAAAUGUUUUACACGUCAGUCCCACCUUACUAAUCAUCAAAGGACUCACACAGGAGGAAAUCUGAUUUGUUGUUCUAAGUGUGGCAAAUGUUUUUUCUCAUCAUCACAACUUAUUGCCCAUCAACAACGGUUCCACAAGGAGGUCAAAUGUUUUUCCUGUUCUGAAUGUGGAAAAUCUUUUUCAAACCGAUCUCACUUUGCUCGCCAUCAAAUGAUUCACACCGGCGAGAAACCCUUUUCUUGUCCUGAGUGUGGGAAAUGCUUUUCAAGCCGAUCUCACCUUACUCGUCAUCAAAUGACUCACACGGGAGAGAAACCUUUUUCUUGUCCGGAGUGUGGGAGAUGUUUUUCAAACCGACCUCACCUUGUUCGUCAUCAAAGGAGUCACACAAGAGAGAAACCUUUUUCUUGUCCUGUAUGUUUGAAAUGCUUUUCAAAUCGAUCUCACCUUGUUUUUCAUCAAAGGACUCACACAUGAGAGAAUUUUAUAUGCUGCGCUGCACACGAUUGGUUCCGGAAGGUUAGUGCAAGUGCUCCUACUCCUGCAGAGAUCCUACUCCAGUGGCAUACUUCUUUUCAACGAGCGGUGGUGUAUGCGCUGUUGGAAGCGGCGCAUCCAGUCGACGUCACCACCAACAGUAAAGAGGAGAGCUGGGCUGGCGCGUUGGACAAGAAGAUCCUGGAACUCAUGUCCAACAUCAUCCAGCUGCUGACUGGAGAGGUUGCCAUAAGGACUCAUCAUGUUUCCAUCUAUUUUUCCUUGGACGAGUGGGACUAUAUAAAAGGAAACAAGGACCUUUAUGAGGAAGGGAUGAAGGAGGAGCCACAGCAGCUCCACCCACUGGCAGUCUGUGAAUAUAAAGAUGAGAGCAAUGUUACAGCACAUAUGGAAGCAACAUUAGGCUGUAAUAAUGAUGGAAAUCUCACUAAAAUGUCUCCAGUGGAACAGCCUCCACCAGCCAAUGGGAUUAAAGAGGAAGUGGCUUCAUGUGAAGAGAUAAACCAAUCAGAUUGCAGCAUUAAUCCAUUUACGGAACAGAUACAGGGAACGGAUACACCUACUCCUAUCAUGGGAUGCAGCCACUUUAAAACGAAGGUUAAUAAAUAUGAUAUAAAUUCAUAUUGGUCCCCAGAUGAAUCUGGCAUAACAAAAAGUACAUUACACAGUAAAGACAGCUGCAAUGAGGGCCAUAAACAUCUUAGCCAUAAGAGUGAUUAUAAUAAACAUCAAAAUCCCCACAAAAGACAGAAAUCUUUUUCUUGUUCUAAAUGUGGGAAAUGUUUCUCAAAUCUAACUUCCCUUCAUUGCCAUCAAAAGACUCACAAGGGAAAGAAACUUUUAUGUUUGAAAUGUGGGAAAUGUUUUGCCACCUCAUCAAAACUUAUUAUUCAUCGACAAACCCAUAUGGACAAAAAGCAUUUUUCUUGUUCUGAAUGUAGGAUAUGUUUUUCAAAGCAAUCUAGCCUUGCUCGUCAUCAAAUUACUCACACAGAAGAGAAACCAUUAGCGUCUUCUGAAUGUGGGAAAUGUUUUGCCUCUUUGUCAGAACUUACUGUCCAUCAGAGAACCAACACAGGAGAGAAACAUGAUUUUUGUUCUGAAUGUGGGAAAUGUUUUGCCACUUCAUCACAACUUAUUGCCCAUCAACAACAAGCCCACAUAGAGGUAAAACCAUUUUCCUGUACUAAGUGUGGCAAAUGUUUUUCAUAUCGAUCUCGUCUUGUUCGUCAUCAAAGGACUCACACAGGAGUGAAACCUUAUUCUUGUUCUGAGUGUGGGAAAUGUUUUGCCUCUUCAUCACAUCUUAUUGGCCAUCGACAACAAGUCCACAUGGAGGUAAAACCUUUUUCCUGUUCUGAGUGUGGGAAAUAUUUUUUAUAUCAAUCUCAGCUGGUUCGUCAUCAAAGGACCCACACAGGAGAGAAACCUUAUUCUUGUUCUGAGUGUGGGAAAUGUUUUGCCACUUCAUCACAACUUAUGGCCCAUCAACAACAAGUCCACAUAGAGGUAAAACCUUUUUCCUGUUCUGAGUGUGGGAAAUAUUUUUUAUAUCGAGCUCAUCUUGUUCGUCAUCAAAGGACUCACACAGGAGAGAAACCUGAUUUUUGUUUUGAAUGUGGGAAAUGUUUUGCCACUUCAUUGCAACUUAUUGCCCAUCAACAACAAGUCCACAUGGAGGUAAAACAAUUUUCCUGUUCUGAGUGUGGCAAAAGUUUUUUAUAUCGAUCUCAUCUUGUUCGUCAUCAAAGGACUCACACAGGAGUUAAACCUUAUUCUUGUUCUGAGUGUGGGAAAUGUUUUGCCUCUUCAUCACAACUUAUUGGCCAUCAACAACAAGUCCACAUAGAGGUAAAACCUUUUUCCUGUUCUGAGUGUGGGAAAUGUUUUUUAUAUCGAUCUCAGCUUGUUCGUCAUCAAAGGACUCACACAGGAGAGAAACCUUAUUCUUGUUCUGAGUGUGGGAAAUGUUUUGCCAAUUCAUCACAACUUAUUGGCCAUCAACAACAAGUCCACAUGGAGGUAAAACCUUUUUCCUGUUCUGAGUGUGGGAAAUGUUUUUUAUAUCGAGCUCAUCUUGUUCGUCAUCAAAGGACUCACACAGGAGAGAAACCUUUUCCUUGUUCUGAAUGUGGGAAAUGUUUUGCCUCUUCAUCACAACUUAUUGGCCAUCGACAACAAGUCCACAUGGGGGUAAAACCUUUUUCCUGUUCUGAGUGUGGGAAAUGUUUUUUAUAUCAAUCUCAGCUGGUUCGUCAUCAAAGGACUCACACAGGAGAGAAACCUUUUCCUUGUUCUGAUUGUGGGAAAUGUUUUACAAAUCAAUCUAGCCUUACUCGUCAUCAAAUGAUUCACACCGGAGAGAAACCUUGUUCAUAAUGAGAAUUUUUUUUAAAACCGGUCUUGCCUUAAAGUUCUUUAUAGAACCCACACUGGAGAGAAACCAUUUUUCGGAAUGUGGGAAAUGUUUUAGAAAUCAGCCAAACCUUUCUUUUGCAUUGAUUACAUUUUAAUCUGACUUUCAGUAUUUACAGAGAGGAGAAACAACACUAUACAGUUCAUUACAGGGUGAUCCUUAGACCUGUACAGUUUGGGAUACAAAACUCCAUAGAUAUCACUUUGGCCGGUGUGUUUUCUUAAUGCUUUCACAGAGGAUAACCUAAUGGAGAUAAAACCAGCUGGAAAUGACUUGAAAGUUAUAUAUGUUUUUACUAUAAAUCGGAAUGGGGAAAUAAAUGUGUUUAACCCUUAAAGUGGCAGCAGAGUUUCCCAUUUCAUUUGCACUCCGUGCCAUCCGUUUUUGAACAUUUUGUGCUCUCUCACUUUAGGGGCAUUUCCUGAGAUGGAUUUUUAAUUUACCUAGGAAAACGAUACAUCAUUUGUUUCAGGAGAACCUGAGCUUUCUAAAACUGCCAGAGUUUUUGUGUAUUUUCAAUUCUGGAACAAGAUUUAGAGCUCUAGAAAUUGCCAUGUUUCAUGUUAUAGGGAUUUAUAACACAAAAAUAUUUUUAUUUUACGCACAAAAAUUCAACUGACUUGGAAAGCCUGAGGUGUCUUGAAUGCACCAAUACCAGAUAUGGACAGUUUUAUGGAGAUUCCUGACUUCUAUAGAUCUAAAAGCCCCAGCAAUAAAUGAUCAUAUUUUCAAAACA